AUGCACCGGCUCGCGCUCCUCCUCGCCGUCGCGCGGCCGUGCGGCGCGCUGCGCGUCGCGUCGCGCCGGGCCUUCGGCGCGGCGGCCGCGGCGGCGGCGUUCGACCCGGCGGCGGCGCGCGGCGGCGAGGUCGACGACGCCCUGCGGUCCUUCAACGGCGGCGACUACGAGGCGUCGCUCCGGCAGUGGACGGCGCUCACGGCGCGGCGGCCCGACGACGCGCUCUGCUGGGGCAACCGCGGGACGCUGGAGCUGAUCCUCGGCUCCAAGGCGUCGACGCUCGGCGCGGCCCCGACGGGCGCCGCGCGGGACCUGCUCGAGUCGUCCGUGGCGUCCUUCUCCCGGUCCGUCGCGCUCGCGGCGUCCGACGACGCGCUCGCCUGGAACAACCUCGGCAACGCCCAGGCCGUGCUGCUCCGCUGGGACGCCGCCGCGCGGUCCUACGACCGGUCGCUGGCCGCCGCCCUCGCGAACGAGCGCGCGCUCGCGUCGAUCCCCGCGUCGAACCGGGCCCAGGCGGCGCUGGAGCUCGGCGACGCCGGCGACGCGGAGCGCCGCGCGGCGAACCUCGUGCGCCGCGACCCGAACUUCGUCGACGGCCGCGCGCUGCUCGCGGCGAUCCGCUUCGAGCGCGGCGACCGCGCGGGCGCCGAGGAGGCCUACGCGGCGCUCUGCGUGCCCACGGUGACGUCGCCCAACGGCCUCUCGCCGCCGAAGCGCGGCCUCGGCGGCUCCGACUGGUGCGAGCUCUACAGCACCGUCGACGUCGUCGUCGGCCGCUGGACGCCGCGGACGCUCGACGCCUACGCGCGCUUCCUCGCGAGCCGCGACGCGAGGGCGCGCGUCACGGUGCCGCUCUCGCCGCUCGGCAAGUCCAUGCUCAAGAUGGUCGGCGCGGUCAUGUGCACCACCGGCGUCUACCUCGGCGCGCUCGCGGCGGGCGCGUCCGCCGCGGAGGCCUUCGCCGCGAUGUACCUCUUCACCGCGGCCGUCACGGUCAAGUUCGCGCUCACGGAGUGCGACGCGGUCGGCGUGCCCAAGUUCGGCCCCCUCGCCUGGGCGGGGCUGUCGAUCGCCCUCGCCGCCGCCGCGCUCAUGUGA